AUGCCACGGGACAAGGAGAGGGAAUCAGAUGCAGAGGCCUCACGGCGACCGUCCGUGGACAAGACUGACUCCCCAAAAGGAGGAUCCGGAUCCCGCGUAUCACUAGCCUGUCUGCCGUGCAGGAGCCGCCAUGUCCGCUGUGACGCAAAGAAGCCGCGGUGCAAUCGCUGCUGUGAGGAGAACAAGGAGUGCAGCUAUACGAAGUCGAGGCGAGGCGGCCUUGACAGAGCAGCGCUGGCAGCUCGCCGUAGCCAAAUUGCCGCGCUGACUGCAGCCAAGAAUGGCGGCCAUCUCUCUCCAGCGGGCAGCGUUGACGGGACCAGCAGCACGCCGGAUGUGUUGAUGAGCAGGGAUGAUCCACAGGCGUCGAUGGAUGUGCUUGAGGAUAGCUUGAUGGCACAUCAGCCGCUGGAUCCUAGCCUGUUUACUCCUCCAGACGAUUCAUGGUCAUCGUCCAGCGUUGUUCUGCCCGCAUCAGACCUGCAAUCCAUCGACAUCACCAGAGACGCCUUCAUCGAUGUCUAUUACAACUGCUUCCACCGCUACCACCCUUGUGUGCUUCCCCGGCAAUUUUUCGAGCAGUACUUACAGGAUCCAAACCGGCAAGAUGAGCUGAAGCCGCUGGUGUACUUGAUGCGCUUCGUCGCCAGCAUCUACCUAAGCUCCCAUCAGCCCUCACUGCGACCAAAGUGCUCUCAGCUGGAAGAACUGGUGUCCUCGACACUUGCCCAGAUGCCAACAACGUCGAUGAAUUUCUUCAUGGUCCAGUGUCAUCUCAUCUUUUCCAUAUGCUUGUACUGGCGCGGAAAUGUCCCCAAAUCACGACUGCAUAUGGGCAUGGCGAGACAGCUCGCGCUCGACGUAGGCAUGCACCGCCGUGAAUUCGCAGCAGAACACGGCAACGGCGAUGCUGUUUUGGAAGAAUCAUGGCGGCGGACCUGGUGGCAAGUGUACAUUGUCGACGCAAUGUAUUCCGCUAUCAAGCGGAGUGCCGAUUUCCCGUCGUACCGUGUCGAAUCAACAACAGACCUGCCCUGCGAGGAAGAAGACUACGAGCGUGGGACUAUUCCUCGGCCAAGGACGUGGGAAGAAUUCGAUUCUCGGGAGUUUCUCGCCGAAGACAUUGUCUUUUCAUCCUUUGCCUACCUCAUCGGAGGCAUCCGCGGCAUGGCUUCAGCCAUGUUCAGAGCUCUCUCUUUGCCAACGAAUUCAUCUGAGGCUGGAGGCUCUUCGCCCAAAGUGCUGGAAUCCGUCGAUUCCAUCAUCGAAGGGUGGCUUCUGCUGUUGCCAGAGUCAAAACGAGACAUCUUCUCAGCAGACGGCCAGGUUGACGAGCUGCUUUUCCAAGCCAUGAUGGCUCUCCAUGCAACAACCGUAGGACUCCACAGACCAUUUUCAAACUGUGCAUUCGAUCCCCUAGAAUGCAUCUCGAGCUGCUCCACGCCUCCGCCAGCAGGAUCUCACUCCGAUCCCAGCAAUGAAUUCAGAAGCAUCCAUACAAUCAAAUGCAUCCGCGCAGCCGAGGCACAAAUCGGUCUUCUCGCCUUGCCCACAAAGCCAUGCAGCCACACGCCAUUCGUAGUUUGCAUGCUCACCACAGGCACGCUUGCGCUUCUGGCUGCCUGCCGAUACACCCUCCGAGGCCAGAAACUCGCCGUGGCGCGAGACCAGAUCCGCAUGAGCAUCGGAUGCCACAAGGCAAUGGCAAGCGUGUGGUCUCAAGCCGGAAGCAACUUGCACGAAGUCCAGGCCAUUGCCUGCGAAGUCUUGGGGCUGCCGAUGGGAAAUCAUAAUAAUCAUAAACAGAUCAAACCACCACUAAGUCAGGUAUCUUCAAGCCCAGAGCCGCCGUCGAUUCCAGAGCCGAAUUCUCACGAUGCCUCCUGCGGCAGUGACGCCCUCAACUCAAUGGCAAUGGAUAAUUUGCAGGCAUACUGGAACAUGGCAGCCACACAGCCAGAUAUGUCUUUUUCAUGGUGGGCGGGUGGAGAUGAAACCGUAUAA